CAAAAUUGCCACCGCCAAUAAUGCUUGGGGCCUUUGAAACCAGACACACAACACACAACCCUCUCUCUCUCUCUCUCUCUCUCUCUCUCUCACCAACUCUCACAGUUUCAUAUGCAUCAUCGUCUGCCAUAUCUCUUCUAAAUUUCCACCUUUCGUUUCUUACCACAAUCCCUCUCCUCUCUGAAUUCCCCCACCAUUUCAUGUUUUAACCUCGAGUCACUAUUACCAGGCACAGCAUUUAUUGUGAGUUACGUUCUGCAGAAGAGUAUGUAUUGUUAGCAGCACAUCAGAAACCAAAGGGAUGUAUGUAGAUAUUAUUAUGGGGUGUCCUUGUGCUUCUUGGGGAUUACAUUUAUUAUCUCUAUUGUUUUGUUAGUAUCAUCACUCACAUUCAGCAACUACUCUACGGAAGAAUUUAAGAUAUCAGUUCAGUUCUGAUGGAGAGGAUUCAAGGACCCAUCAAUUCCUGUUUCUUUGGUGAGCAUUUGGGAGUAAACUACUUCGAGCAAGGUCUGAUUGAGAACGAGGAUGAAGAAGAACUUUUGAUAUCACUAUCGAAUUUGGAGGAUAGAAUGCCAUUUCUUGAGAUGCUUCAGAGUGUGGAAUCUCAAACCCCACAGCUUUUUCCCUUCAAAGACUCCACCUUUCAGUUUCAGACACUUGUAAACCAGAAGAAACCAUGCGAAGAAGAGAGGAAAAAAACGUGCGUAUCUAGAACAAUAGAGACUCAAAUUUACGCGCCACCAGAGCUAGAGAGCUGCGUCACCCACGAUACGGUGGAGAUGCCUUCGCGGUCGCCGGCGAAAUCUGAGAACUGUAGGAGAAAGAGGAAGAGAACGAGACCAAUCAAGAGCAAGGAAGAGGUGGAGAAUCAACGCAUGACCCACAUAGCCGUUGAACGCAACCGCCGCCGUCAAAUGAACGACCACCUUGGUGUUCUCAAAUCACUCAUGCCCCCUUCCUAUGUUCAAAAGGGGGACCAAGCGUCCAUCAUUGGAGGUGCAAUAGACUUUGUGAAGGAAUUGGAGCAACUUCUUCAAUCCCUGGAGGCACAGAAAAGAAUGAGGUGGACCGAUGAAAUUGGAUUCGGCUAUGGGACGACGUCGUCAUGCGGAGAAGAAUCAAACUUCGGUGAAGAGGUGAAGGCAGAGAACAAGUCAGAGUUUGCAGAAAUACAAGUAACUGUGAUUCAAAACCAUGUGAACCUGAAAGUUCAGUGCAAGAGAAGAACUGGGCAGUUGGUGAAGACCAUAGUGGGUCUUGAGGAUCUUAGGCUAACUAUUCUGCACCUAAACGUAACCUCCUCGCAGGCCUCCGUUCUCUACUGUUUCAAUCUCAAGGUAGAAGAAGAGUGUAAAGUAGUGACAGCAAGUGAAAUUGCAGGAGCAGUGGAAGAGAUGUUGAGGGCCAUCAAUGGAAGCUAGCUGAAGGGAUGGGGCUGGCUGGGAGAGAAACGGGGAGCAGAGGGCACUGCUAUUUUGUCUGCAUAAGCCAUGUGAAUCAUAUGUAUGAAUCUCCAUAAUGAGAGAGAGAGAAAGAGACAGACAGAUAUAGUACACAUGAAGGAUAGAGAAGCCACCAGAUAAUCGUUGUUCUGCUCCUUAAAUAGUGUCUCCUUAAUUUAACUAAGCUCCUUCGUGUCUAAUCCCCCCCCCCCUCUCUGUAUCAAUUGCUAGUAAUAUAUCUGUUGCUUUGCCAAAAUUGAAUGAUAGUGUGAUACCCUUUUAAAUGACCUC